AUGGUUUUGUUUGAAUUCAGACGCGACGCCGCUAUCUGUGGGCUGAUGACCAAUGCGCUGCCGAGCCGACAGGCAGCGCUGGCGUCCAGAUCGGUUGCGUACGGUUGCCCGAUAGGUGGCGACGGACGCGUCGGUGUUAUGGACGAGGAGCGCCGCGGGUUUCUCGUGGCCAGUGGGCACCCAUCAGCUUUUGAAAUGCCUGCUGAAGAUGAUUCGUCCAUGUUGUCCAACAUCUGUGUGGGCCCUGAAUGGCUGGCCACCGAACUGUCGUCCAGUAACAGGGGUCAGUUGCUCAUACUGGACUGUCGUAGUUCGAUGGACUUCUCAGAGUGUCACAUCCGCGAUGCGGUCAACUUCAGCAUACCGACUAUCAUGCUGAGGCGGUUGGCCGCCGGUAAGAUCGACUUGGCAUCCACAGUCAAGUGCACUGAUCUCAGAGAGCAAAUUGUCAAUGCAUACAAGGAAAGAGCGUUUGUGCUGUACGGUGACGAGCGUUUGGACGAUCGCAAGACUACUUCGCCUGUAUCGGACACGAUGAUUGUGUUGGCCAAGCGGUUGCUGAAGGAUGGAUGCAAGGUUCAUUGUCUGAACGAGAGUUUCCACGCGUUCCAGCAAUCGUGUCCAGAAUGGUGUGAAUCGUUUUUGGAACGUUGCGCCCGGGCCAACGACGACAUGACCGGUUACAUUGGCGACACGGACACCCUGAUGGGAUUGCGGUCUCUGCACAUCACCCCAUCAAUUGUGCCUCACACCCGGAACGCACGUCGCCAGCACCAGUUACUGUCCGUCCUCAGCACAUCACCUGAGAGCUCCGGUGGUUCGGACAUCGACAGCCUGUCUGACGUGGACAGCUCCAGUUCGAUACUUGGCUACGACGAGGACCGUGACUUUCCCGUGGAGAUCCUACCCGACCUAUUCCUCGGUAACGCGACCAAUUCGGAAGACUUGGAAUGGCUCAAGAAACACCGGAUAGAGUAUAUUUUGAACGUUACAUCGGACUUGCCUAACACUUUCGAAGAACAAGGACAUAUCAAGUACAUGCAGAUACCCAUUUCCGAUCAUAUGGGACAAAACCUUGCCAGCUUUUUCCCUCAAGCAAUAGAAUUUAUCGACAAGAGUCGGGCGCAGAAAAAAGGCGUCCUGGUGCACUGUCUGGCGGGCAUAUCGCGUUCGGUGACGGUGAUGCUGGCGUACCUGAUGGCCCAUCGGCAACUGACGCUGAACGAGGCGUACAACAUGGUGCUGAAACGCAAGGCGAACAUCGACCCGAACUUCCACUUCAUGCAGCAGCUACACUCGUUCGAGAAGCAGCUGCUGGACGCCCGGACUCAGUCCAAGCAGCAGUCGGCCAACUCGACGGGCUCGUCGACGUCCAGCUACCUGAGCCCGCUGUCGACGGCCGUCCAGAGCCCGGACAGCGGCAUCGAAUUCGACCGAUGGACUCCCGGUACCGGCGGAUGA